AUGUUAACAAUUCAGCAUUUCCAUAUUUUCGAGCCGAAGGUGUUACUGUUUGAGCAGACUGUGGUAUUGCUAUCUGAGCUGGCUGCAGUAUUGCUGGAGCAGUUUCAGAAGAAGGUUGUGGUAUUGUUAGAGCAGGUUGCUGCUGCAUUGCCUGAUCAAGCUGUGGUGUUGCCUGACCAGAUUGCUGCGGUGUUGCCUGGGCAGGUUGCUGCUGUAUUGUCUGAUCAGGCUGUGGUGUUGCCUGGCCAGAUUGUUGCGGUGUUGCCUGAGCAGGUUGCUGCUGCAUUGCCUGAUCAGGCUGUGAUAGUUUCUGAUCAGGCUAUAGUGUUGCUUGAGCAGGCUGCAGACUUAUUGCUUCAGGAUGCAUUUGCUGAGCAUGUAAUAGCAGGUUUGUUGCUUCUUGAGCAAUAUCAAGCAAAUGUUGGUCUGUCGCUGCUCGAGAUUGCGAUGCAUUUUGCGAUCUUGCCCCUUCGGUCAACUGUUGAGUAG